UCAGGGAAGCGGCGCGCUCGGCGGCGGGGGCGGGCUGAGGCUCCGCCGCGCAGUGCCAGCGCCAGCACUAGACCCGCGCCCCGCGCUCUCCGGCCCGCCGCCUGCGUUCUGGCUCGCGAGCCCGCACUCCCGCCCUGCCCGUGCGCUGCCCGAGUAUGGAGCUGCUGUGCUGCGAGGGCACCCGGCACGCGCCCCGGGCCGGGCCGGACCCGCGGCUGCUGGGGGACCAGCGUGUCCUGCAGAGCUUGCUCCGCCUGGAAGAGCGCUACGUGCCCCGCGCCUCUUACUUCCAGUGUGUGCAGAGGGAGAUCAAGCCGCACAUGCGGAAGAUGCUGGCGUACUGGAUGCUGGAGGUGUGUGAGGAGCAGCGCUGUGAGGAGGAAGUCUUCCCCCUGGCCAUGAACUACCUGGAUCGCUACCUGUCCUGCGUCCCCACCCGCAAGGCGCAGUUGCAGCUCCUGGGUGCGGUCUGCAUGCUGCUGGCCUCCAAGCUGCGCGAGACUACGCCCCUGACCAUCGAAAAACUCUGCAUCUACACCGACCACUCUGUCUCUCCCCGCCAGCUGCGGGACUGGGAGGUGCUGGUCCUGGGGAAGCUCAAGUGGGACCUGGCUGCCGUGAUUGCCCAUGAUUUCCUGGCCCUGAUUCUGCACCGGCUCUCUCUGCCCCGUGACCGACAGGCCUUGGUCAAGAAGCACGCCCAGACUUUUUUGGCCCUCUGUGCUACAGAUUACACCUUUGCCAUGUACCCGCCAUCCAUGAUUGCCACGGGAAGCAUUGGAGCUGCAGUGCAAGGCCUGGGUGCCUGCUCCACAUCUGGGGAUGAGCUCACAGAGCUGCUGGCAGGGAUCACAGGCACUGAAGUGGACUGCCUGCGGGCCUGUCAGGAGCAGAUUGAAGCUGCCCUCAGGGAGAGCCUCAGGGAAGCCGCCCAGACCUCCCCCAGUCCAGUGCCCAAAGCCCCCAGGGGCUCCAGCAGCCAGGGGCCCAGCCAGACCAGCACUCCCACAGAUGUCACAGCCAUCCACCUGUAGCCCUGGCGAGGCCCCCUCGAGUGGCCACCGACAGCAGAGGAGGGGACACUGCCACCCCCCUCCCUGCCUGCAGGAACGAACCAUGCCACAGCUGAAGCCCGAGGGGGCUCCUUCCUACUUGCCUGUCGCAAGCCGAAGGGGUCGGGUCCUACCUGUCCCUGCAGUGUGCACUAAGGGGCCUGGCCAGCUGCGGCGGGUGGCCAGUCAGGCUCCUCCUCCUCCCUGCAUCUGACCAGCUCAGCCCCCAUCCCGGUCCUAGCUGGGGGCGGGCCAGGCUGGCCAGAGAUGAAAUUGAAGUCUGUAGAAUACAUGUGCCAGCAUUCCUUUUGGGGGCCCCCUUAUCUCUGGGGCUCUCGUGUUCUCAACUGCCAAAGUUGAACCCGGGCCCUCGGCAGUGAAAGCGCGGAGUCCUAACCACUGGACUGCCAGGGAAUUCCCUAGUUACUGCAUUUGGAUUGGGGUCUUUCUGAAGAAUCCUCACAUGUUCUAGACACAUGUGAGAAGAAAGAGUGGACAUCUCCUCUCAAUGCACUUGGAGGCCCCUGCAUAAUCCAUGCUCUCAGCUGCUCCUAGAGGGAGGGGCCCUGGCCUCUGUCUGAGGGGCAGGAACCAACCUCCUCGCUUUGCUUUCUGCUCAGCUUCUCCUGUGUGAUUGGGGGGUGGAGGGGCAGUGCUGAAGGAAGAGGUUGUUUUAAUUUAUUAAUUGCUUUGAGUACAGCUGUAAGAGGGUGUGGUGGGGCCCAUCUACCCUGAGUGGUGGUGACCCUGGUGGUUGCUGCAUUCCUCCCCUAUCCUACCGCUAGAGGAUCUUCAUGGCCGAGGAGCUGCUACAGCCUGGGGUGGGGCCACGCCCUCCUCUCCCUCUGGCCCUCUGCUCCAUCCUGCAAGGCUGGGGGAUGAAGUAGCAAUGACCUGGAGGUGACCAAGCCCCCUGUCUGGAGAGGGAGGCAAGCCCUGUUGACACAGGUCUUUCCCGAGGCCACAAGGUCCAGGCUGGUGGCCCAGGACCAUCACGCUACCUUAAUAAAGAUUCUGAAAUAAAACUCUCUUUGGCUUCUUGGAUUGGAUGGCAGUGUGGGCAAAAGCCUAUAUCUAGAGGGUGGAAAUCAGUGGUCUCAAGUAGGGGUCGCCAAGCC